AAUAAUCUCUGUGUUGUCGGUUUUUUUAAUUUUGUGCCUCCUUCCUCCAGAUCUACAAGAUCGGUCAGGGUUACCACACCAAGGACGGCAAGCUGAUGAAGAACAACGCGUCCACGGAGUACGAUCUCUCCAACAAGAGCAUCAACCCUCUGGGAGGCUUCGUGCACUACGGGGAGGUCACCAAUGACUUCGUCAUGCUCAAGGGCUGCGUUAUUGGAACCAAGAAGAGAGUCCUCACUCUCCGCAAGUCCCUGCUGGUGCAGACGAAGCGUCGCGCCCUGGAGAAGAUCGACCUGAAGUUCAUAGACACCACCUCCAAGUUCGGACACGGACGCUUCCAGACCGCCGAAGAGAAGAAGGCGUUCAUGGGACCACUCAAAAAGGACCGAAUCCUCAAGGAGGAGACUGCGUGAACCCAGAGACCCCCUCUCUCAUCUUUCUCUGGUUUAUAUAAAGUCUUUCUGCAGUAGUACUGCAGGCUGUCCCAAUAAAAAAGAAAUUAAAACCUUUUAAA